AUUUUUAAUCAGUAUCGAUCUCUACCUCGCAAAGAAAACACCUCAACGGAGGUACUCUUGUAUCAUCUAUUAACUGUUAAAAUAAAAUAAAACGACAUUAACUGUUAGAAUCGUUAUGUUCCUCGCUCCUUUUCACAAAUUUCAGAAGUUCUUCCGCGAUAAAAAUCUCGGAAAUGACGACAAUAUCGCCCAGAGAUUUAUCUAAAGGACAAUUGCUGUCUCUGGUGCUAAAAUGUUCAGAUUUCGCUGCAAAAAAACACAAAAGACAGAAAAGAAUGGAUAAAGAAGGAACUCCUUACAUAAAUCAUCCCCUGGGAGUUGCAAAUAUUCUCACAGAAGAAGGGGACGUCCACGACCCAGUCGUCAUCCUCUCCGCAAUUCUCCAUGAUACAGUGGAGGACACAGAGACAACCUUCGAGGAAAUCGAACGAGAAUUUGGCUCCGAAGUCAAGCUCGUGGUGUCUGAAGUGACAGACGACAAGACAUUACCGAAAAUGGAGAGAAAACAACUGCAGAUUGAUCACUCUCCUCACAUCAGUCACGAGGCUAAACUAGUCAAAUUAGCAGACAAAAUUUAUAAUCUGAGAGAUCUGAGGAAAGAAAUUCCUGUUGGAUGGACUGCUGAGAGAGCUCAUGAAUAUUUCAAGUGGGCAGAGCAAGUCAUCCAGGGCUGCAGGGGUACAAAUGAAAGAUUGGAGGCAAUUCUAGAUGAAAUAUUUGCAUCAGAAAAAAUGGAGCACGAGAAAAUGUUGAAGAAAAGUGCCUGAACCGUUUGAAACUGAUCAAUAAAGUUUUUAUUCUUUAUAAAAAUAA